AUGACAUGCAUCAUAAAUUCAUAAUACAUAGUUAGUUAAAAUUAAUACUUCCGACAUCCCGUAACGCCGCCGAAUGCCGGAAUGCCAAGGAAGCUUCUCGAUCUAGUUAGUACUGUAAGAGUUAACCCGCCAGAGCUUAACUUUAUCGCCAAACACGAUAAUGAUCUGAUCACCACCUGGUCUGGACCAACUCGUGAGCUUUUUUCAACCAGGGAAAACAGAAACAAUAACCUGUGAUGGACGCUCCACGGAACCGAAAACAGCGUCGAGCUGCUGCUAAAGAACCAGACUCCUUCGAUCCGUCCUCCAUCCCUCUGGCGCGACCGCCACCCCCGAGCCAGAACCAGAGGACGAAAACGCUCUUGGAGAUCGCCGAGGAGAGGCAGCGGGAACUGUAUCGUCUACAUGGCCAAGAUAAUUCACAGGAAACUGGAGAGGGAAACGGAACUGAAACACAAAGGGGGAAGCAGGCGCAGUUCAUGCGGAUAGGGCCCGAUGGAAAUCUCGUUCCUGUGCCUUCUUCUUCGUCUUCACCAAAUGAUAAUGAUAACGACGAAGAUGCGACUGCAGACCCUGAUGACGCCAUCUCGCCCUUCAUCGAUACCCUUCUCCUCUCGAUCCCGCUCUCCGCCAUGCAUCUCACACUCUCAUACCUCGCUGCGCAUCAGUAUGCGCAGGAUAUACCCGUGAAGAAACUCGUUAACGAAUCGGUCUUCGCUGCGUUGCCCGUUCUCACGUUCCUGAUCCAUCUUUCUCACGGACAUAUCAUCUCCUUUGGGAAGACAGAUAGAGGCUCGAAGCAGCCCCCGCGUCUAUCUGAUUUGUCCUUUUCAUCGAUCUGGAAAUUAAUAUUUCCACCUACGUUGCGCACACUCGUGUUCCUACCGCUGGCGGUGGCCCUGGGUGCGAAGCUCGUCGCACUGACGAAUGACGCGGGAUAUUAUGCCGUGAUGAAGAGAGCUCCGUCCAUCGGGACACUCUGGGUGUGGUCUGUACUCGAGCUGUCUGCCGGGGCAGCAGCUAUUGGGGUCAUAGUCCCUCUCGCAUGGGGUGUGUGGUGGAUGGGAUAUACAAUCAUUUAGCGUGUAGUCGCUUGUUACGACAUAGCGUUCAUAAUUUCUGCGUUGUAUACGGAGUUCAAAUGCUUGGAAACUAAUCAAUCAUAAGGGUGGCGCUUCGCGAUUAUCUGAUGGUGUUGAGGAAUAUAUCGCCGACUUUUCGUAUUUGGGAUUACCCUCGAGUACUACAACAAAUCGGGGUUUCCUCUCUUCGGGCAUCGUAUAUCCUGUUUGAUUCAUGUCGGCUUUCUCUGAAGCAUUGCGGGUGUUUACAACGGGGAUAUCAAAAGCAGUGAUUUGUUUCUCCGUUC